AUGACAGCGUUUGGUAGGCGUCUUGUAGCUGGAAUCAACGUUGGCAUUGGGACGCAUCUCGUUGUGACAACCGCAUCGAUUCACUAUGGAACAGGGUACUGGGGCGGUCAAUCCAGUCUGUUUCAUCAAGAAUAUAGCGACCAUAGUCUCGUUUCAGAAGCUCCAGAUGCGCGGCAUUAUCAAGCAGUGACAAGGCUGGUGACGGAUAUGUACACAGGGCGGGGUCUCAGCUCAACAACAACACGAUUAUCAGUACCCGCCAUUGGCGUUUCCGAUUCUGUAUCCUUUCAAGACCCAGCCGCCAUUUGCGUGGGAAAAGAGGAAGUCACAGAAGCCUUUCGUGCCGUGGCUACGCUAAACCCCCAAUGGAUAACUCCCCCGCGUUGUAUCCAUGUAGAGCCCAUGGGUUCCACCAUUGCCCUGACCUACUAUUUGAACAACCGAUAUGGUGGACGGUUUUCCCUCCAAUCGUUGCUGGUGGUUCAUGUAGAACUUCAACAACUACCGCAUGCAAGGGAAUUCAACCAGUUUGUAGUGACCAGGAUGGAAGAGUAUUGGAAUGGCGUUUCGCCUAUAUCUAAUUUGCUGUUUUGGGCGGUGCGACGCAUCAAUGGUGUAGCAAGUUUCCAAAUCACAAGCCGCUUUCUGCCAUCUCGAGGUUAA